AUGCCCUCCCCCCGUUCACUACCCCCGUCAUUCCUUACCCCGUCAUGGACCACUUGCCAACUGCAAUGUCUCUUCCAACGCCGUCACAUAUACCAAAAAUCUCGCAAGAACAAUGGAGAUCCCCCGAAACCACGAGGUGAAUCUCUCUUUGGAGCCCGACGUCUCGAUCUUACUCCCCCUAUAAAGCCACCCACAUCUCUCUUUGAAGAGCUCUUCCCCGAGGAACAACAAAGACCUCCUCGAUAUGCAACCCCAUCAAAACACCUCAAACAUCCUUCACCUUCAAGAUUUCCAAAAUUACCUACCUUUGACUGGACAUCUAAUAUUGAGACAUUCGAUGAAGCCGAAGUGCGACGACGAGCUGCAGAGAAGGAGAGGAAGGAUUGGAAUUUGCUUGGAAAAGAAAGGGGAAGAGAGGAAGAAGAUGCGGUCCAGAGACUGGAGGCUAGUGUUUUGAUUUUGAAUUGUGCUAGUAAGACGUUGGAGGAGAGUGAUUUUUUUAGGUUGAGUCCAAGGGGUGAACAUAUUGAGGGAUGGACUAGUGGGAUUAUUAAGAUAAUUCCCGGUCGCGAUCCUCAAACCCUAGAAGCUCUAGGUCACUACUUCAUACUCUUCUCCUCGCGCGCUGCAGCCCUUGCCUAUUUUCAUCGUACCAUCGAACUGCACGCCCUGUCUCGAAACUACCAACCCAAGAUCAUUCCUUUUCCAGAUGCAUUUCCCUCAAAUUCCAAUCGACCCCCAUCAAACCUUCCCCAUUCACCCAAAGAACUUGAAUCGCUGCUGCGGAAUUUCACCCUCGUCCCUCCUUACACUCGUCUUUCUCUCCGCCUCCUUCAAAAACCUUACCGUCCAGCCAUAACUACUCUCUUAACAACUGGUUCCCCACUCACCCUUACAAACUCUCGCUCUCAAUCUCAAGCUCAAGAUACCGUCCUCUUCACCAUUACCAUCACAUCCGUAGGUCUUAGUUCUUGGGGUCUCCGAGAAAUUCUUGAAACAGAUGGAAAACGUCGUAACCUGCAUUGGCGUUUCGCUCGCGAAGGGGCCAUCAUUCGGGUUGGCGAAAAAAUAAAUGCCGGAUCCGAAACGGGCUAUCGAGGGGAAAAUAGUAUUGGAAGACAAAAGGCUUAUAAUACAAGCGCAAGGUAUAUAUUAUCAUUUAUGGAUAGAGCGGAGGCGAGAAGGUUUGUCAGGGCGUGGCAUAAAAGACCUUGUCCUUUGCAGAAGGAAUACAAGGAGGGUGAUGAACCUCCUCCUGUUGUUAAUGCUGAGAUUAUGUGGUAG